AUGAAGAUGAAAGUCCUUCUACUCAAAAACAAGACUGCUCAGCUAGAUAAAUAUGAGAUUGCAUUCGAAGACAAUGGGUUUGAACCAUUCUUCAUCCCGCUGAUCAAACAUACCCAUGUCCCGGAGGAGAUAAUGGAUUUGGUGCACGAUAAAGCUUACCUCGAGAACUUAAGCAACAUCAUUGUCACUUCACAGAGGACGGUUGAGUGCUUGAGUGAAUCCGUUUUACCUAAUCUUACACCAUCGCUUCGAGAAGCCUUACUAAAUAAGACUGUCUACGCUGUCGGUCCAGCAACGAGAGACUUUUUGCUAAGAGUUGGUUUCAAGACUGUCAAAGGUGGUGAUGAUGCAGGAACUGGUAGUAUAUUAGCUGAUAUAAUAUACAAUGACUUGUUAGCUGAGGACGACAGAAUCGACAAUCACCGUGAACUAUUGCUGCUCGUUGGUGAGAUUCGAAGAGAUAUCAUCCCAGUAAAACUGUCCAAUAAGGGUCUCAAAGUGAGAGAGGUCGUCACUUACAAGACGGUAGAUCUCAAUGAUAAUGCUGAUAGAUUUAAAGAUGCUGCUUCACCUAACAGUUGGAUGGUACUAUUUAGUCCUCAAGGAACAGGUGAAAUUUUGGAACUUUGGAAGAACAAACUGGCGGAAGAUAUUAAGAUUGCCAGCAUUGGGCCUACUACUGAAAAAUAUCUGAAUGAGAACGGAAUCCAGCCGCAUGUGGUUAGUGCCAAACCAGAUGCCGACCACCUUUUGAACGCCAUACGUGAAUACUCCUGCAAAAAUUAA